AUGGCUCACCCAGGAACCCAGAUCUCCAAGCGCAGAAAGUUCGUCGCUGACGGUGUCUUCUACGCCGAGCUGAACGAGUUCUUCCAGCGCGAGCUCGCUGAGGAGGGUUACUCCGGCGUCGAGGUCCGCGUCACGCCCACCGUCACCGACAUCAUCAUCCGCGCCACCCACACCCAGGAGGUUCUCGGCGAGCAGGGCCGCCGCAUCCGUGAGCUCACCUCGCUCAUCCAGAAGCGCUUCAAGUUCCCUGAGAACUCCGUCUCCCUCUACGCCGCCAAGGUCCAGAACCGUGGUCUGUCCGCCGUCGCUCAGUGCGAGUCCCUCCGCUACAAGCUUCUCAACGGUCUCGCCGUCCGCCGUGCCUGCUAUGGUGUCCUCCGUUUCAUCAUGGAGUCUGGCGCCAAGGGUUGCGAGGUCGUCGUCUCCGGCAAGCUCCGUGCUGCCCGUGCCAAGUCCAUGAAGUUCACUGACGGCUUCAUGAUCCACUCUGGUCAACCCGCCAAGGAGUUCAUCGACUCUGCCACCCGCCACGUUCUCCUCCGCCAGGGUGUUCUGGGUAUCAAGGUCAAGAUCAUGCGCGGCUCUGACCCCGAGGGCAAGGCCGGUCCCCAGAAGACUCUCCCUGACGCUGUCACCAUCAUCGAGCCCAAAGAGGAGCAGGCUGUUCUCCAGCCCGUGAGCCAGGACUACGGUGCCAAGGCUGCCGCCGCCCAGGCUUCCCAGGACGUCCGGGCCCAGGAGGGUGAGGGCGAGGAGCAGCAGCAGGCCGAAGCUGAGGAGCAAUAG